GUAUGUUGGUGACGACUUGCUGCUGUAGCUUGACAGCUAAACAAGUGUUGUCAAAAUGUUAGACACAUAACACACGGUUCACUUUAAAGAAAGACGGUGUUUUUGUCCUCGGGGUUAAAAUGAACUAAUCUUGGCCUGCACUUUGCAGCACUGGGGUUUCUGGAAGUGUUUGAGGUUGUUUAACUCACAUCAUCAUGUCGUUUCUGGUGGACUCAGUCAUCAUGUUCACCUCUCAGGUGCUGUUUUUUGGGUUUGGUUGGUUGUUCUUUAUGCGGCAGCUGUUCAAAGAUUAUGAGGUGCGACAGUAUGUUGUCCAGGUGGUUUUUUCUGUCACCUUUGCAUUUUCCUGUACAAUGUUCGAGCUUAUCAUUUUUGAGAUCCUUGGGGCCUUAAGCAGCACUUCCAGGUAUUUCCACUGGAAGUUGAAUCUGUAUGUGAUUCUGCUGGUUCUAAUCUUUGUGGUGCCUUUUUAUAUUGGUUACUUUGUUGUCAGCAACAUACGACUAUUGCAGAGGCAAAAACUCCUUUUUGCCUGUAUGGUUUGGUUUACCUUCAUGUAUUUCUUCUGGAAGUUAGGAGAUCCAUUCCCAAUCUUGAGUCCAAAACAUGGGAUUCUGUCCAUUGAGCAGCUCAUCAGUCGUGUUGGUGUGAUCGGAGUCACUCUUAUGGCUCUCCUCUCAGGAUUUGGUGCUGUCAACUGUCCAUACACAUAUAUGUCCUAUUUCCUCAGAAAUGUAACAGAUAGUGACAUUCUUGCUCUGGAGAGGCGGCUACUCCAGACCAUGGAUAUGAUUGUCAGCAAAAAGAAAAGAAUUGCCAUGACGAGGAGGCAGAUGUACCAACGAGGGGAGGACCAAAACAAGCAGACUGGUUUCUGGGGCAUGAUCAAGAGUGUCACCUCUACACAAACAGGCAGUGAAAUAGAUUUGUCUUUGAUCCAGCAGGAAGUUGAUGCUUUGGAGGAGUUGAGUCGACAACUCUUCCUGGAGACGGUGGAUCUGCAAGCCACCAAGGAGCGAAUUGAAUACUCAAAGACCUUCCAGGGGAAAUACUUCAACUUUCUUGGUUACUUCUUUUCCAUUUAUUGUGUUUGGAAAAUCUUCAUGGCAACCAUAAACAUAGUGUUUGAUCGAGUUGGAAAGACGGAUCCGGUGACGAGGGGUAUCGAAAUAACAGUGAACUACUUGGGCAUCCAGUUUGAUGUGAAAUUUUGGUCCCAGCAUAUUUCUUUCAUCCUGGUUGGAAUAAUAAUUGUCACUUCCAUACGAGGUUUGCUUAUCACACUUACAAAGUUCUUCUACGCAAUAUCAAGCAGCAAAUCUUCCAAUGUCAUCGUGCUUGUCCUCGCUCAGAUCAUGGGGAUGUAUUUUGUUUCAUCUGUGCUGCUGAUGCGCAUGAGCAUGCCACUGGAGUACCGCUCCAUCGUGACAGAGGUUCUGGGAGAGCUCCAGUUCAACUUCUACCACCGCUGGUUUGACGUCAUCUUCUUGGUCAGCGCUCUGUCCAGCAUCCUUUUCCUUUACCUCGCCCACAAGCAGGCACCAGAAAAACACAUGGCCCUCUGAACACCUGUGGGGUGUUUAGCCUUCACUGAUGCGUGGGAUGAAUUUUAUUCUGCAGUUCUGUAUUUAUUCUGCAGUCAGAACUCAGAAAUCAUUUUUGAGGCAUUUACUCCUGAAUCAGGAAAAAAGAAACAUUUCUUAGGGUGACUAUUGGAGCACAUGCUGAAGGAACUUUGCAACUGGACUCUCAUGAAAGCAGAGUAUUUACAGAAAAUCAUUCAAAUGAAAAAAUAGGGUUCUUUCCUUGGUGUUAAUUUUGUAUACUUUUGGUUAAUUCUUUUUAUCUUUUAACACACUGGUUGAAACAACACGCAUUUCUUGUUUCA